ACAAGACAGACUAUGAUGGAGAAAAGCCAUUCACUGGAAAUCUGCUUGAAAUCCACAUGUUGUUAAAUCACUGACGUUACACCAUGCAAAAGAACCAGCCAUUAUGUAUCAUAUACAUCGAUAUUAUAUCAGUGAACAAGUCAACAGAUCAGUACAGGAAAUAUCAGAACUGAGUGACUCACUGAAUGCUAUGCAUGUACUGGUAAACAACUUAAAAGAUGACACUGGCACUGAUCAUGACUGGGUAUCAUUCAGUUCACAUUACAUAUACAGACCACCUAAUACAGAUAAACACAGUGGUCAGGUCACAAUCCAUAUACAAAAGAUUGUCAAGAAAGCUUUGCAUUAUUUACAGAAUGAACAAGGAAUCAAUUUAACCUUAAGUCAUUUCAUUGGAGGUUAUUAUAGUGUGCAUUUCAAACAUAUAGAAUAUCUGAUUGACUUCAAGUUCACAAACCACCAACCAGAUGCACUAUCGUCAUCGCUUGUUAAAUGUGUACAUCUCAUUGAAACACUGAAAUAUCCACAAAAUGAAAGAAUUAUAUCGGAUGUGAACAGAAAUUUGCAUGUAAAUUUUGUUAUUGUUGGGGAGCAUAACAGUCUGACCCAGUUUUUGGAGAGCUUUGAGACAAUGGAACUGAAGUGGCAAACGUCUAUAGUCAACAUCCUAUUUGUGGAUGCAUCACCGCAGGCUACAUCUUUGGAAGCUACAUCAUCAGAAAAAAACUUAAAUUUAAUUAUUGCCAAGUUUAAAAACAAACAUACCAACUUAAAUUUCCAAAGUCUUGAACAAAAUGUGAACCAGUUAAAUGGUUAUUUAGCUGGAUUUCAGUACUUAAAUGUUGCAAAUAGAGAUACUUUGUUUUUAUUUGGUCAUACAAAUAUACACCACAUUGUAUGGAGUCACUGUCUUACUAAUACAAUCAAAGGAAAACAGAUUUAUUUACCAGUUCCAUGGUAUGAUAAACAAGAAGUGCACCUAGUGGAUGAGCAGCACAUGCAAAGUAUGUUUACAUUUUGUGCAUAUGGUUCUGAUGUGAGUAAAGCAAACAUAUUCACUGAUAAAUACAGCCAGCAACUUAAUGCACAUCAAGUCAUUGAACAAUUUACAAAACAACAAAUAUUUGUGUUUCAAGCAUAUGAACCUGUAUUUUUUUCAACCCCAAUCAGGUAACAUUUUAACCCCAAUCAUGUAACAUUUCAACCCCACUUAGGUAACAUUUUA